GUAAUCGAGUGGAUCACCAGUAAACUUACCUAGCCCGCUCUACUUUAUCACUUGGUCACUUUACAAACGGAAUCAAGACCACAGAAAACAAACAUCCUAGGAUCGUUGUCUCGAGCCAUGAAGCUGCUGGUAAUACUCGGUGUUUUUGCAGUUGCCACUUUGACAUAUGCUUUCAAGACGCGCUUGUGCGAGGGGGAUUGUGAUCAACCUUUGGAUAGAAACGCACCCUGUCAAUGCAACUCUGCAUGCGUCCGGUAUAAUGAUUGCUGUUCGGACUACAACCAAUGUAACAGCGCAGGAACACGUCCAACCCUCCCCAGCACACCAAUAUGGCCAUGGCAGAGGAUGCUAGAAGGAAAGACGCUAACAGAAGGAGCCAGGACUGACGUUGAACUCGAAGCCCUCUCAGAAUCUUUGUGGAGAUCUGAUGUCAAUAGAGCAAGCACCAGUGAUGUCCAAUUUAGCACAAGUCAGGGUUCGAAGCUGUUCAGUUACGUUAACCCUUCAGUGUUGAGCCGACCUACAUUCGUUGCACUCCGGGCACUUUUGGACAACUACAUAGCAGAAGUUGGAACAUCAGAGCCCGUUUGCACACAGUGCAGACAAGAAGAAGAUGCCUUUAUUAACGCUGUUCUUGAGACGGAUGUUAUGAAACAGGCUUGGGAUUUCCUUGUAAUGUAUAAUCUAGCCAGUUCAAACAGAAACACAUUUGUUCAACAGCUGAAGGAUACCUGGUUCAAGGUGUACUCCAGGUCAAAGGGAAGGGCCAUGGAUAGUUCCGGUUUCGAGCAUGUCUUCGUCGGUGAGAUUAAAAGCAGUAAGGUUUCUGGCUUCCACAACUGGGUGCAGUACUACCAAGAAGAAAAAGAAGGUGAAACUGAAUUAUUUUCCGAAAGGGAACGCUGUCAGCCAGCCCCCGUAUUGACCGUGUCCCAUAACUGGCAGGGAGCAUUCAAAGAGAUAGGCGGAUGGUACAUGAGGACAAGCCCAGAGUUUGAAAUGGCCAUCUACACAGUGUGUUUCAACAUAAGGAAAAAUUCUGUUUGCAAUUUGUUAAUGGACGGCUAUAGAAGCAGCAUUCAAACUUAUGACUUCAAUGGCGUCAGCCCUAGGACAGUCGCUACAGCAUAUCCAAAGUGUUAG